AUGACCGCGAAAACCGAUACCACUGCCGGCGAUAUCGCCGAGCAGAACCGAAGAAUGCUUGUGGAGGAGUUCGGCUCUGUCCUGGACGAGUCUCUCAUCCUCGCGCUCUCGGGUGACCGCGACAUCGUCAAGGAGCUCGACGCCAUCCGCGCCGACCUGCGACUUCUCGCUGAGACAGCCAGCGCAGAGGCCGCUACGGGCUUCGAUCCAUCGGGGUCGGGUGGCGGCCUGGCCGACUCCCUCGAGGGUCUGCGUUUGGACGAGAGUACCACGAACGCCAGCGGCGACGGGGUCUCGACGACCGACUGGCUGGUGCCUGAGAACAGCACCAGCGUCUCAGACUAUUCCGAUUUGUCCGACCUUUCCUCCCAGCCGCAACUGGCCCUGACCGACCAGAGUGAGUUGACCGAUGAGCAAAAGCUCCAGACGCUGCACUUGGUCUUCCCUGGUCAGUUCAAGGACCAUACGCUACAGAUCGUCCUGCGCGAGAACAACGGCGACAUUGUUGGCACCAUUGAGGAUCUGUUGUCGCGCGCCGCCAUCAACGAAGAAGGCGCUCGGCCUAAGGGGAUCGACGGUUUCGUGCAGGAGGAGUAUACGAGAGCGAAUGGCAGCGGCUCGCGCGGCACAAAGAAGGCCAAGGGCAAGUCCUCCAAGAAUGCAAACAAGCUUACCAUCAGCUAUAAGGCGGUCUCAUCGACUGGCCAGGACGAGGAGCUCCAGGGAGCUGCGGACUUCCUGCCCUCACCGGCUCGUCCGGCUCGCCGGCUGCCCCCUCAACCCCGCCCCCCUCCUGUUUCGACAUCAUCGAUUUCCUUCUCCACGCCUACGUCCCCAACUAUCAUGUCUCCCAUCUCACCAGCUCUGCCUCCUUGCCCCUCCUCCGACAUGAUCAAUCAUUCCGCCUCGCAAGCCUCAUCCCUUCUACGAGGCCGGGCCGGCCCCCUUGGUCGCCAAGGCGCUGUCGUGUACACUGAACGCCUGCGCGAAGCACUCUCCCUCCAACGCGCCCACAUCUCCCGGGAAGCCGACGCCAUCGUCGCGAAAAACUCCACCAAGACAAGCGUCGACCUGCACGGCGUUAACGUCGCAGACGGCGUGCGGAUCGCAGACCAAAGGCUGCGAGCUUGGUGGGACGCAAUUUGCAAUGACGAGAGUAGCGCCCGUAGGGGCGGCGCAAAAAGGACUGUGAGGGAAGGGGGAGGUGGCUUCACGGUGAUUACUGGCCAGGGGAAGCAUAGUAAGGGUGGGGUGAGUCCGAUGCGACAAACGGUUGGGGCGUAUUUAAGGAACAAUGGGUGGCGGUUUGAGGUCUUGACGGGAGGAUUUCUGGUUACAGGACGGACAUAG